AUGGUUCUCAAGAUUAAGUGUUUCUUCUUCCCUAAUGGCAGUGGAAGUAAACACCACGCUUCACAUCCAAUUAUUGGUUCUGAGGUAAAGGGGGGAAUCAAAUUGGUGCCUCUGGAUUCUGAGGAACCAAGCAGUGGUGAUGAUGAACAACAUGAGCCUCUGGAUUUUAAGACUCACCAAGUUCUCAAACGAAUUUGGCAUCAUGAAAAUCUUGUCCAGCUAUAUGGCUGCACCUCUCCUCAGAGCCAUGAAGUAAUGCUUGUGCAAGAGUACAUUCCCAAUGGAACCGUUGCAGAUCAUCUUCUCAACAGGAGCUCUCCUCCGUGGUCUACGCGACUAAACAUCGCCAUACAGACUGCAGAAGCGUUGGCUUAUCUACAUAGUUCUAGCAUAAUCCACCGCAAUGUGAAAACUAGCAACAUUCUGCUUAAAGUUGCAGACUUUGGAUUAUCGCGCGUUUUCCCAUAAGGUGUUACUCAUGUUUCCACUGAUCCUGCUGGGACUCCGGGUUAUGUUGAUCCAGAGUACUAAUAGCAUGGCCAUCUUUCUGUUAAGAGCGAUGUGUAUAGCUUCGGAGUAAUAUUGCUUGAGCUGAUAAAGAGCCUUCUUUCCAACUUUGCCAUGGUUAGAAUCAGCUGUGGGAGACUCCAGAAUAUUGUUGACCGAGAUCUUGGAUUUGAGUCAGAUGAUUGAAAUACUAAAACAAUUACCGCAGUGGCAGAGUUGGCAUGGAAGGUCUCAAUUGAAUAA